AUGGAGCGACCAGCUAAACGGCAAAGAAUUGCACUUGGCUCACUUGGCACCGACGACGAGGACGAGCUCGACUGUGAGCCUAAUGAGCUCAACCAGAGGCGAGACCCUGCCUACCAGCUCGAACAGGCCAGGUUCCGUGCUUCGAACAAGCUCAAAUCCAGAUUUGAGGACAUCUUCGCCAAAUAUGAGAAGGACUUCACAGGGGUUGGUGAUGAAAUCGACCUGAGGACUGGUGAGGUCGUCGUGGAUAAUGGACAUCUGCAGUCUAUCACAGGCGUCCAGGAGUUUGGAGACACUGAUGGCGAUGAAGAUGAAGAUGACAAUGUCUCGGAGAACGAGCGUCUCAUCCUUGGCACAGGCAAUGGGGGCUCCAGAACUGGGUCAUCAGACGCAGUGACGCAGAGCAAUCAUUGGGUGAUGUCAGGUUCAAACCCAAAUUGGGCCCGACCCUCAGCUAGCAUGAGAGUGCCCACGAGUCUCUCCUCUUUAGGGCCCCCGGCCCACGAGCUUCUCGUGCCGCCAAACAAUCGCUUCGACUCUUGGAAAUCCGCGAACACCCAGGAUCUGGACCCUGUGUGGCAAGCUCCUGAACUCCCUCGGUCAGCGUUUCUGGGCCAGCAAUUUGGAGCGCAGGCACAGAAGCACAUAUUUGGCAUGGGGCAGACCACGAAGAAGGUGUCUAGAAGGUCACUACUGGAGCCUAGAAACCAGGACGGUGACGAAGAGGAUGUCCUCGGCGCCCCUGGCAAUGAUCCCAGGAAGAAAGAGUCGCCCUUAAUCAAGGCGAGAUUCCCAGCCGUCGGAAGCAGCCCUAACAAUGAUUCUGGCUUGCACGAAAUGAUCCAAGAUGUAAUCGACAACCUUGCGGACAUGUCACCUUCAGCGGAGAAGUUGGAAAAAGGCGCAUCAGGCACAGGGCCAUCCACCAAGACCAAGUUGAAGCCAAUUCGAUCGAAUCCAGGGUUAAACGGCAGGAGGUGUACUGAACGGACGUGCGAUGACCAGGGAAACGCAACAAGAAAAGCGGGUGAGGCUAUCUCUAGGCAAGAGAACGGAGCAAGCCCAGAGAUCAACAGAAGGCGAGGGUGUAAAGCUACGGCGGAUAAAUCUCAAGUAAAGGCUGUCAAAAUUCGCAAAAUAACAAAGCCGGAGACACAUACCGAGAACCAAGCAGCUGAGACAAUAGGGGAGUCAGGUAUUCCGGGCAUGGAUGAAGAUUCUUUCUUGGAUAUCACCGGAAAUGAGCCUGUUAAACCGGCUGGACAGGUUUUAUACGUCGAGAUCAAGGCAAGGAAGCUUGGCCAAAGCGAUUGCUUUGCUCGAGAUGAUCAGGACGAUAGCGAAGUACAGACAGUCGACACAGGCCUCUCAAGUGCCGAUGUGUCGGGCCGAGGGCUGCAUACCUCGUCGGGUGUUGCAGAGAAGGUAGCCGACACUCAAGAUGACAAUUGCGCCACGGAGUCGGACAGAAGCCUCCUCGACGAUGAGCCAACAAGAUUAAAAGCGGUUGAUGAGCCGUUAGGAAGAAGAAAGACUAACGAGACUUUUGCUUUCUCGGGCGAAGAGGACCUGCCAUCCAGGACAGUUAGAAACCAGAAACGGCCGCCCGCGUCGGCUGGAACCCACGAUCAAGCACUGCAGCAGUCACAAGCGAAUAUGCCGUCGCAUCGUGCCGAGGAGCGAUUUGAGAGGAAUUUUGUAGACCCAAGCUAUGCAUUCUCGGACGAUGAAGAUUUAUUGCCUAGAAGCAAGAAGAACAAUCAACGUAACUCGGAACCGAGACUCCGCGCCGAUAUAGCUGCGCAUGAUGUCUCGCAAGUUGCCCCGAAGUCAAAAGCUGCGCCGACUCUGCAGACAAAGGUUGGGCUUGAUGCUUGGGAUCAGGAGAGCCGAGAUCAACUUGCGCGUAUGUCACCAAAGCCAAUUGUUGAACGGGAUUCAGCAGCGGAUGCUUUGGAGGUCUCCAAGCUGAGCCACAUACAAAGCUCGGAAAAUAUGGACUCUGCCGGCCCAACAGCCCCCCCUUUAUCUGCCUCACACCGGCAGAGCCGAGGCAAGUGGCCAGGUGAAGCAGGAGUAAAGCAAGCCGAAGAACAGGUCACAGGUAUGGCUGGUACUCGUGCCCUAAAACAUCGAUUUCGGGAAAAUGCUGUUGACGACGUCCAUGGCGUCCCUGGAACUGCGCACGCGUCGGCUUCAGCUGCUGCAUCAACUGCAGUCGAGGCGAAUGUCGAAAGAACAUCAGCAAAGCCUCCGAAGACAGCACAGACUAUACCAGUACCACCAACAACACCUCAGCCAAAAUCUAAGCCAAGAUCUGAGAAGACCCCGUCCUCUACAUCGGGACUCAUCUCGCUCCUUUCGGAUGACGACGACGAAGAAGACGAGAUCUCCUUCGAUCUCGCCGACUUCACGCCAUCUGGGCACCACCGUAUCCUCACCCUGCGCCCGCACCACCACCAAUCACCUGCAUCUAGUACAUCUAAGAAGAGGCGCGGCGGUAACCUGCUCUUCGGCCCAGCCUCAGCCACCAAGAUGAGCAAGCAUAGCACGCCAAGCUCGGACAGUCAGCAAAGGAAAAAGAAGCGCCGCAGCACACAUAGUCUCGCAAGGAGCGUGGUCAAGGUUAGACGUGAAAGUUCUCGAGCUCUGAGUCCGGUAGGCUCGGUGGUGCAGACACCAGGAGGCACGAAGAGGAGGUGCGGAGAGGAUGGCUUCAGAUGCGAGAGAGACUUUUGUUUUGUCUGCAUCAGCAUAUGA